AUGAAGGAUCCAACGGGGCUCAUGCAUGCGAGCUCCCAGGAGAUGGCCCCGACGGCCUGGGCGGUCAGGUAUUCUACGCUGCUGGCGCUCUGCGGGCUCAUCCAUGUCACCAUCCCUCCCGCGAGCUACGAGUGCCGGCGCAACUCGGCGGUCGCCGUUCAGCGCCUGCACUGCGCGUCGUUGUGCAAGAGUGUGGCGGCGGCAGAAAGGUGCGCCUCGCCGUUCGAGUCUUUGGCGGAGCUCCAGAGACACCUCG